GGCGCGGCAUGGCGGCUCUCCCCGCCCUCCUCCCGCAUGCACCCCCGGCCGGGCUGCGGGGCGGAGCCGGGGAAAGCGGCCUCUGCGGCGGCUCCACUUCGCCUCGGCGCCGGGUUUGGAGUGAGGAGCGUCGCGGGCUUGCGGUCCGCCCUAUAGCAGCUCCUCCGCCUGUUGCCGCGGCCGCUGAGCCGCAGACGCACAGCCCACACUCCCUUGGCCCCUCCCGCGCCGCGCAGGCCCAGCGCCGCGGGGCGGUGCGAGGCAUGAAGCUGACCAAAGCCCAGUACGAUGAAAUUGCCCAGUUCCUGGGCCACGUGCAGCCCACCCGGCAGAGCCUGCGGAAGCUGAAGGAGAGGUUCCCUAGUCAAUCGCAGUCCACUCUGCUGAGCAUCUUCUCCCAGGAGUACCAGAAACAAAUCAAAAGAACCCAUGCCAAGCAUCACACUGCUGAAGCUAUCGAAACUUACUACCAAAGGUACCUGAAUGGGGUGAUGAAAAAUGCAGCUGCCCCUGUAUUACUGGAGCUGGCCAAUGAGGUGGACUUUGCCCCAUCAUUGAUGGCUCGCAUUGUGCUAGAAAGAUUUCUGCAAGAAAAAGACCAAGCCAUCCCCUCCAAAACCCUUAUAAAUAGUAUGCUACGGGACCCUUCUCAGAUUCCAGAUGGAGUUCUAGCAAAUCAAGUCUAUCAGUGCACUGUGAAUGACUGCUGUUAUGGACCACUGGUGGACUGCAUCAAACAUGCAAUUGGACAUGAGCAUGAAGUCUUGCUGCGAGAAAUGCUCUUGGAAAGGAAUCUCUCAUUCAUAGCUGAAGAUCAGCUUCGUGCAAAGGGUUAUGACAAAACACCAGACUUUAUUUUAGAAGUCCCAGUAGCUGUUGAAGGACACAUAAUUCACUGGAUUGAAAGCAAAGCCUCAUUCGGUGAUGAAAGUAGCCACCAAGCCUACCUGCAGGACCAGUUUUGGAGCUACUGGAACAGGUUUGGCCCUGGAUUAGUCAUCUACUGGUAUGGCUUCAUCGAGGAGCUGGACUGCCACCGUGAGCGCGGCAUCCUGCUCAAAGACUGCUUCCCAGCUGACAUCGUGACUCUGCGCCACAGCAUGGCUCGGUGCUGAUGCUGGGGAGGAAGAGGUACUGUAGCAUGCAGUUUUCUGGCGUGAUGAUGUCUGAAAGAGCAAGGUGCAAGAGCUCUGUAUGUGACUUAAUUCUGAAGAAGAUUAGCAUCCUGGUGCUCAAGACAGGCACUGAAAACGUGGUAAAACAAUGCUUCAUCCUGGAUCCCUUCUCCAAGACAAAGCACACAAAUGGGCAUGUUUCUUGUAUAUUUAUGCAUUCAUGUGAGAGCAUCAUUUUCUUCUUUGUACUUAAGUAUUCAUGUACCAGCAUUAUUUUGCUCUUGUUGGAACCACCAAGAUCAGAGGUACAUUGAGGUGAGCAUUAGCCCAUAGUCUGUUUCCGUCCUCAUCUCCCCUCAGAGCAGUGGGCCUCAGGUUUGUGCUUUGUUAGAGAUUUCUUAAUGAGCACAGCUCAUUGGGCUUGACUCUUUCAUAUUCUUAUCUUUGCUAACUGCCAUUCAGGAAAGGCCAAAAUCUUUUUAAAAGCUAGUGAGAGUUUUGUAUGUGUGCUCAGAUUUCCAGAGAAGCUGAUUCCUUUGUAGAAUGAAGGGGCUGACAGCAGACUCCUUAAAGCACAAGUUGAUAACCUCUUCCAUAAGGAAGGAGCCUUUAAACCAUUACAGUACAUGUUGAUCAUAUUUUUUUUCAGUUGAAGUGAUACUUUUUAUGUGCCUGGAUGGUUUCAAAAAUCACAUCAAGACUUUUUACAGCCUUGCUUUCAGUUACAAUAUGUUUUAUCCUAUUUAGGUUCUUCUUUUUCAAGGUAUUGUUUUCAGCUGUGUACACAGAAUUCUAAUUUGAAGUUUUAGUUCUCACUGUAACACUUUCAAGUUUUAUCAAUUUCAGCAGAAAAUUAUCAUUUGGAUUGAUCUUCAAUUUUCAGGGAGAAAUGUCUUUUGUCUGCCUAAUACUCAGUCCCUUGCUGCAGAUGUAAGCUCCACUACAGUGAGUUGCUGUUGCAGAGAGAUUAUUUUUCUGAGUUUGAGUGUGUUAUAGUGGAAAGAUUUAUUGAAGAAACCCAAAAUAUUCCAACACCUGUAACUCAUUUAUGCUCAGCUAUUUAAGGUAUUGUGCUUAACUUACUUUACCUGAACAGCUUUAAAGAUCUGCCCAUAAAAAGAUACCCAGAAGCAAUCUGUGAAGUGAACCUGCCUGAUGCUGCGUUUAGGGUGUUGCUGCCCCUGGGUCUUCUAACUGUAAUUUGGGGUUAGUGGAAUGUGUAAAAUCAAGAGGAGAAUGUAAAAAGGAGAAAAAAAAAAAGAAGAAUAAGAAGAAAAAAGACACAGCAGCAGCUGAACAUUAUCAUAACAGAAAAUUCAGAAGCAAUGAUAGUCUGAAGGAAAUGGGUUUUAAGGGCAAACUGAAUUUGGUUUAGCUAGUACAUAUGUUUUCUGUUGUAUGAAAUGAUUUAAAUCAGCUUUUGCAUGAUGCACUAAUGCUGCCUUUUUCUUUUUCUGAAUAAAUUAAAUUUAUCUGCACAGAUGUUGAAAAUUCUGCUCAACUUCCAUCCCAGCUUCGCUGUAUUUGUUUUUACAUUAAACAAAUUUAUCUGGGGACACGCAGAUAAAUCAGGUUAGGCUUGUGUGUGUUUAUUUAUCCCUUUACUUAAUGCUAGGACAUAACAAGUUAGAAAGUAGUGCAGCUGUCUUUAAUCACAGCUCUGACCUUAUCUUGAAAAAUCUUUGUAUUAGAAUGAGGGUGAAGUAAGGCACAAAAAGUGUAUGUGUUGUCCUAAUUUCAUUACAUGCUAUCAAACCAGCUCUGCCAACACAAAAAAUGUGCUUUGUCACUCUUUUAAAUGCUGAAAGCAGACCAUUAAAAAAAAUAUUACUUUGUUAUUGUAUCUUGUCUGUUGCAAAAAAGCAUCAAACCCUUGUGGGUUUCUUUUUUCUGUUGAUCAGACGUAAACAUUGACUUUAAUAUUAAA